AUGACCCUGUCUUCCCUUUUAUCUGCCUCUUUGUGCAGUGACUGCGAAGAGGACGAAGAAACGAAGGAGAGCAUAGCGAAGAUACUGGAAGAAAAAUACCGCGCUCUCGGAAACUUCAGUAAGCUGGAGUUCUUCGUCAUGAGCUGCCUUCUUGGGCUUUUCGUCGCGCUGCUGCUCCGGUCCGAGUUUGCCACGCCGUACGCUUUGCCGGACGAAUUUGGACUGGUAGGCCUCCAAGACACGACGCUCGUGUUCGUGUUGGUGCUGGUGUUCUUCGCGACGCCGCAAGAGCCGUGCGAGCGGCUCUUCAGCGAGUACGUGCUCGAGUGGAGCCUGGUGCAGCGGAAGGUGCCCUGGAGCGCGUUCAUCACUUACGGAGGCGGACUGUGCGUCGCCGGCGCCAUCAAGGAGUCCGGUCUACUGGCGUGGCUGUCCAGCGCGAUGAUGGUUAUGCGCCACUGGCACCCGGUGUUCGUGCAGCUCGUGCUCAUGCUCAUCACCACGGUGCUCACUGAGGUCAAUAACGACACCGCCGCGGCCACCGUGCUCAUCCCCAUCGCCUGCGACCUCGCCGAGUCCACGCUGGUGAACCCGCUGUAUUACGGCGUGCCCGUAACAGUCGCCUGCUCGACGGGCUUGCUGCUCCCGGUGUGCUCGCUGCCCAUGGCGCUCGUGCAUGCCAACCUGAUCGAGUACCGGCUCUCCAGCGUGCUGUCGCCAGUCUUCUUCAUGAAAGGCGUCACCAUCCUGGCCAUUUUCGUGUCGGUCCACACCACCGGCAGCUAUUACUACAGCUUCAACACCUUUCCGCAGUGGGCCAACAAAACCCUGAUGGGGAUCAACAGCACAGCCAACCAGUCGCUCUAGCGUCGCGACUGAAUUUUGGAUGCGUCUAAUAG